UCCAAAUUUCCCGAAGCAGUUAAAAAAGUGAACGUCUGAUCGUCCGGCCCUUUACUUUUUCGUUUUUUUUAAUCUCUUCUUCCAAUCACUUUGCUUUUAUCAGGGUCAAAUGCAAAAUUUGCUUUUUUGUCGCACUGCAAUUUGAUUUAAAUUUGGUUUUUUGGGGAUGUUAUGAAGUGACGGGAGUGUGUGAAACAAAUUAAUUAUUGUGAGAAAUGGGACCGGAAGGUAGCUCCGCCGCUUCGCCGUCGUCUUCUUCGCCGGCGCCACCGAGCGCUAAACGAGGCAGAGAUCCGGAAGAUGAGGUUUACAUUGAUAAUCUCAACUCUCACAAGCGGUAUCUUAGCGAGAUCAUGGCUUCAAGUUUGAAUGGGCUGACCGUUGGAGAUACAUUGUCUGACAAUCUAAUGGAUUCUCCUGUAAGGUCUGAUACGAUGAUGCCGUAUCUUAGGGAUGAAACAUCUGUACAGUAUUCACCAAUGUCUGAAGAUUCAGAUGACUCGAGGUACUACGAGAGUUCUAACACCUGUUCUUCUCAGCCUGAGAGUGCUCCCACUAGCCCCGUAUCUCCUUAUAGAUACCAAAAGCCCUUCGUGCCAGGACCUGCUACCACUUCAUAUCAUUCCCAUGGAUCCAUCGUUUCUUCUUCAGCUUCACCACAGUCUCGCCAGCGUGGUUCUGAUACCGAGGGUCGUUUCCCGUCAUCGCCCAGUGACAUAUGCCACUCAGCUGACUUGAGACGGGCUGCCCUUUUACGAUCUGUCCAAAUGAGAGCGCAGCCUUUAGGGUUGGCUCAAUUUGAAAUGCAGCUUAGUCCCGGACAAGAGUCCGGUAAUAAUUUAGAACUUGAGGAACGGCCGUGUUCCUACUUGAAGCUCGAAGUUGAUGAGAGGGGAGACUAUCCUAUCACUGAAUCUACACCUUUGAGCAUGUCGGAGAGUGAAGACAAGAAGAAGUCUUGCGGGGCUCUCGGCGUGGAUAUGAAAGAGGACGAAUCUGCUGGCGAAUGAAUGAAAACAACGUUACCCAGUGGCACUUGGUGGUUGGCUUUUGAUAUGUUUCGUAAUCUUACCUGACAUAGAGAGAUCAAAGAAAUAGUCUCUUGCCUCAUUGAUAUAUGGCCACGUCGCAUGCCAGUUGGAUCAUCAUCGAUCCGCUUCAUUUCAGGUUAUGCUUCUGCAAGUACGAAAAUUUCUCAUCUAUGUUUUAUGAUCUCAGUCAUGGCGUAUUAACUAACAUAUUUUCUGGGAAUGAACCAACCAAAUUUGAUUCGGUCAUUGUAUGUGAUAAGAGAUGCAUCUUUUAAGCCAAGAGCAGAGUUGCGUGUACAUAUUCGCAUCUUCGCAGCUUUCCUGAUAUAAGCCCACAUUUAGUGGAUAAAUGUUAGUAUUAUGGUUUAUUUAGUUUCAGUUUUAACUUUAUUGUUAAUAAUUUGCAGUUGCAUUACCCUAUGAUUGGCUUCACGAAAUACCAUCCAUUCCUGUGUGUUUAGUUUGUUUUUAUAGACGUUGAAUUUGUAUCUAUACGGAAGCGUGAUUUAGAUAAGUAGUUAGAUAUGCUAAGAGGAUCACAAGUAGACUGGUGGUAGCUUUCGCGUUUUGUAUGUUGAACCUACAAGCCAAUAUGGAGAGAAGAGUUGAAGCAA